AAAACUCAGGGCCGGAUGUAGGGUUUAAGCCUCCAUCCCGUUUCUCAGUUCUUACCGUCUACCUCCGCCAUGGCCCGAUUCUCAAGAGGAUCCGCCACAUCACGCCUCCUCUUCUCCCUCUACUCUUCCACCGCCAAAACUACACCUACGUCAUCGCAUUCCCCGACCACCACCCUCCUCCUGGGGAAUUUCCAACUUCGCCAAUUCUCCAAUCUCGCUCGCGCCAAAGAUGAUAAAGAGCCAUGGUGGAAGGAUUCCAUGGAACGACUCCGUAAUAUUGGAAUCUCUGCUCAUAUCGACUCCGGCAAGACCACUCUUACCGAACGUAUCCUCUACUACACCGGCCGUAUCCAUGAGAUCCAUGAGGUUCGCGGCCGUGACGGCGUUGGAGCUAAGAUGGAUUCGAUGGACUUGGAAAGAGAAAAGGGAAUCACCAUCCAAUCUGCUGCCACGUAUUGCACUUGGAAUGGCUAUCAGGUAAAUAUAAUUGAUACACCAGGACAUGUUGACUUUACCAUAGAGGUGGAGAGGGCAUUGCGUGUGUUGGAUGGUGCAAUUCUUGUGCUUUGCAGUGUUGGUGGGGUGCAGAGUCAGUCUAUAACUGUAGAUAGGCAAAUGAGAAGAUACGAGGUCCCUAGGCUUGCCUUUAUUAAUAAACUUGAUAGAAUGGGAGCUGAUCCGUGGAAGGUUCUUAGUCAGGCACGGUCUAAACUGAGGCACCAUGCUGCGGCUGUGCAAGUUCCAAUUGGGAUGGAGGAAGAUUUUCAAGGCCUUGUUGAUCUUGUUAAGUUGAAAGCCUACUAUUUUCAUGGCUCCAAUGGGGAAAAAAUUGUUACUGAAGAAGUGCCAGCUGAUAUGGAGGCCUUAGUUGCAGAAAAGCGACGGGAACUGAUAGAAGUGGUUUCUGAAGUUGAUGAUAAACUUGCUGAUGCUUUUCUGGCAGAUGAGCCUAUUUUAUCUUCUGAUCUUGAGGAGGCAAUUCGCAGAGCUACUGUUGCACGGAAAUUUAUACCAGUAUUCAUGGGCAGUGCUUUUAAGAACAAGGGAGUGCAACCACUUCUGGAUGGUGUGCUUAAUUAUUUGCCUUGUCCUACUGAAGUUAGCAACUAUGCUCUUGACCAAUCUAAGGAUGAAGCAAAGGUCAUGUUGGCUGGAAAUCCAGAUGGACGACUUGUAGCAUUGGCUUUUAAAUUAGAGGAAGGGCGUUUUGGUCAGUUAACAUAUCUAAGAGUCUAUGAGGGUGUCAUACGCAAGGGUGAUGUUAUAAUGAACAUAAAUACUGGCAAGAAGAUUAAGGUUCCUCGCUUGGUUCGGAUGCAUUCUAAUGAGAUGGAGGACAUUCAAGAGGCACAUGCUGGGCAAAUAGUUGCUGUAUUUGGAGUGGAUUGUGCUUCAGGAGAUACUUUUACGGAUGGAUCAAUUAAAUACACUAUGACAUCCAUGAAUGUUCCUGAGCCAGUUAUGUCUUUGGCUGUUCAACCAGUUUCAAAAGACUCUGGGGGACAAUUCUCGAAAGCCUUGAAUCGUUUUCAAAAAGAGGAUCCCACUUUCCGCGUUGGUUUGGAUCCUGAGAGCGGGCAGACAAUUAUUUCAGGAAUGGGGGAGCUGCAUCUUGACAUAUAUGUGGAGCGCAUUAGGCGAGAGUACAAGGUUGAUGCAACUGUUGGGAAACCUCGUGUGAACUUCAGAGAAACUGUUACUCAGCGUGCACAAUUUGACUAUUUACAUAAGAAGCAAUCUGGAGGACAAGGUCAAUAUGGACGAGUAAUUGGGUUUAUUGAGCCACUUCCGGAAGGUUCAACAACCAAAUUUGAGUUUGACAACAUGAUGGUUGGACAAGCUAUACCGUCAGGUUUUAUUCCUGCAAUUGAGAAGGGCUUCAAAGAAGCUGCCAACUCCGGUUCUUUAAUUGGGCAUCCAGUAGAAAAUCUGCGUAUUGUUUUAACAGAUGGUGCUUCCCAUGCUGUGGAUUCUAGUGAACUUGCAUUUAAGUUAGCAGCAAUUUAUGCUUUUAGACAGUGCUACUCAGCUGCAAAGCCUGUGAUAUUGGAACCUAUAAUGCUGGUGGAAUUGAAAGUACCAACAGAAUUUCAGGGUACUGUAGCCGGUGAUAUUAACAAGAGAAAAGGCUUGAUUGUUGGAAACGACCAGGAUGGAGAUGACUCUGUAAUAACUGCCCAUGUUCCUUUGAACAAUAUGUUCGGGUACUCAACAGCUCUCCGUUCAAUGACACAGGGUAAGGGCGAAUUCACAAUGGAAUACAAAGAACAUUCAGCUGUUUCACAGGAUGUGCAGAUGCAAUUGGUAAACACCUAUAAGGCCACCAAGGCUGCUGAAUAGAUGGAGAUUUUGAUACUAGUCAUAGUUUCAGAAAAAGAUGCUAUUAUUUUUAGGUGAUCAUCAAUUUUGUAGAACAAUAAAUUUGAAUUGCCUUGUGGCUGAUGUGUAAAUUAAUCAAUUUUACAACCCAACAAGCUACGAUGUCAUAUAGUUAAAAUUGUUCUGUAAUCAUCUAUGGAGAACAAUAAAUAUUAAUUGAAUUGGAGAAAUAUAAAUGUAUCUUUGCAUUGA